AUGUUGAACAGUAACAGUGCAAAAUUAGAUAGUCUUGAUAGGCCUGAUAGCAAGUUAUCUGCCGAGAUCAGCACAUUCAAAAGUGAUUUGAAAUCUUCUUUUGCUACUGUUGUUGGCCAAGAAGUGAAGAAAAACAUUGAGUGUGUCAAUCUGGAAGUUAAAACGGUUAAAAAAAAAUUAACUGAGUCAAUUGAUAUAAAAGACAGAGAAAGAAAUAUAAUAAUUUUCAAUUUACAAGAAGGUGAAGAUGAUAAAAUUCGUGUUAAAAAUAUUUUGUUAAAAUUGUCUGAUGAUAUAAAAGAUUCACAUAUAAAAUAUUUUACAAGACUUGGAAAGAAAAAUAAUGAAUCAUCCACACGUCCAAUAUUGAUAGUGUUGGAUAGUUUUAUGUCUAAAGAGACCGUGAUGAAAAAUGCACACAAAUUGAAAUUAAUGUCGGUCGAACUGAGUAAAGUCUGGAUUAGCAAUGAUCUGACACCUGAGCAGAGAAGUGAAUUAAAGAAACUGGUAGCUGAUGCAAAAUCGAAAGAAGCGGCACGCAAAGACAAUUUUUUAUACAGAGUCAGAGAUUCUGUGGGAAGAUGGCGGAUUGUGAAGUUCAGAAAUUAA